AUGUAUGUGGAUUGUGAACCCUUUGUCUCAGCUAAUACCAGAUUAGCCAAUCUGGAAUCAUUGACACCUACUUUGCUAGAACUGUCCACUGAUUUUGCACAGAAGUCAUCAUUCCAUGAAUUCUCCUACUAUGGAGAUUUCUGGUGCUCACUUUUAGGAAUUCCAGAGUACCAAGAACUUGCACGAAUGGCCAUGACUUAUCUAGUGCGGAUGCCAACAACAUAUCUGGCAGAGAAAGGCUUCUCUAAUCUGGUGGAUAUUAAAACAAAAAAGCGAAACCAGUUACAAGAUGUGGAUUCUCUGAUGAGGGGGGCACUGGAAAGUGAAAUAAAACCUCGCUUUGAAAAGAUUGAGGAAGCGGCUCUUGUCCCGGUCCAGCGGCCUCACAGCGCCAGACACAGCUGCUUCAUCAAGUGUUGGCCUGUGGGAGUGACUGGCGUGGCAGUGAACAGUGAUCAUCACAAAGCUGUGUUGCGGGUCAUUGCCGAGUGUGAUCCAUGCUUGGGAGGCGAGCACUGGGUCCGGUCCCUCUGGGGCUGGCCAGGGGUGGGCGGAUGGUGGCCACACACCCGGCCCUUCCCCCUGCUGAGGGACACCCUGGACCCCACCUGCCCUCAGCUGGAGGCUGGGAAGAGGAGGGCUGAGGAGCAGAUUGCAAAGCUGCAUCAACUGAACAAACUAUGCCUGGCUGGAGGAGGAGAGAAAGGGAUCGCACUGCAUGUCAAGAAGAACCGCAAGAUGCUGCCAAGGGACAAGCUAAAACAUAUCCUGGACCCAGAUUCUGACUUCCUAGAGCUGUCCCUGUUGGCGGGCCUAGGGAUGGAGUAUGGAGACGUGCCUGCUGCCGGCUCCAUAACGGGAAUUGGCAGAAUCCACGGCACCUACUGUCUGGUGAGCAGCAGUGACGGCACAGUCAAGAGUGGCACAUUCUUUCCCAUCACGGUCACCAAGAACCUGCGAGCCAUGGCCAUCAGCGGCACCAACCACCUGCCCUUGGUGCACAUUGUGGACUCAGCUGGUGGCUUUCUCCCUAAGCAGGCUGAGCUGUUUGCAGACAAGAACCACGGAGGACGAGCCUUCUACACUGAAGCAGUGCUCUCAGCGGCUGGGGUGCCUCAGAUUGCUGCGGUCUGUGGCUCCUGCACUGCUGGAGGUGCCUACCAGCCAGCCAUGUGUGAAGAUGUUGUCAUUGUGUCCGGCAUUGGCACCAUCUUCCUUGGAGGGCCUCCGCUGGUGAAGGCUGCCACGGGGGAGGUCAUCAGUGCUGAGGAGCUGGGAGGAGGUUUGCUCCACUCCAGAACAAGUGGAGUGACUGACUACUUGGCUGAGACUGAACAGGAGGCUUUUGAGGUGGUGAGGGAUGUUGUGGCCACCUUGGGCAUCGAGCCAGUGCCUGAGUCCUCACCCCUGCAGGAUGACACAUGGGACACUGCACUUCUGGAUGCGGUGAGUGGCCUGGAGUCCAUCAGUCGGCAGCAGCUGUAUGGCAUCAUUGGGAGAAUUGUUGAUGGUGCAAGAUUCAGGGAGUUCAAGCAACUGUAUGGAAGCAACCUUGUGACCGGCUAUGCCAUGAUUGAAGGGAAGUGUGUGGGUGUGCUGGGCAAUGCUGGUCCUCUCACUUACCAAGAUGGGCUGAAGGGGUCACACUUUCUUCAGCUGUGCCAGCAGAGACAGCUUCCCUUGGUGUUCCUUCAGAAUUCUGGCAGUAAGGAGGCUUAUGACAGUGCCUGGCUGGGUGAGGCACAGGAGGAGCAGCACCUCAGGCUGAGGGGACGUGCUGCCAUGGUGGCUGCCUUGGCCUGCGUCACAGUGCCCAAGAUCGCCAUCAAUGUCGGGGGUUGUCAUGCCGACGACAACUACACUAUGUGUGGACCAGCCUUCUCCCCAAACUUCAUCUUUUCUUGGCCAGGCACGACAGUCACCCACACCCUUAACCCACCACCCGCUGCACAACCCUCGCAGCCCACGCAGGCCCCAGGCAAGGAGGAUCGUAAGAAGAAGAGCAUGUCAAUGUUCAGCUUUCCCGAAGACAGCGCCCUGUACCACGCUGCUCAGGUGCUCAAUGAUGGCAUCAUUGUCCCCUCACACACCAGGCAGGUUGUGUCUCAGUGCCUGAGGAUCUGUCGGCAGAAGGAAGGAAUAACCAACAGUGCCAAGGAUUUCUCAGUGCUGAGGCUGUGAUGAGGGUGGUGUAAUGUGUGACGUGGAUGCCCAGCUGCCUGCCCUGCUGUAGCUCAGCCUUGUGUGAGGAGUGUCCAGGGUGACUUGUGAGUGGUUUCCUUGGUGUCUGCAGCCACAGUGUGCAGUUACUCAUGUCUCUGUAGUUUGGUGUUAGGUUAGGAUAUCAAUGCAAUAAUUUAAUAAGAGAGUACAACUUAGUAUGAUGCAGUAAAUAGUAUCUGAGAAAAUAUGUAGUAGAGUAUACAUAUAUUUUUAUAUACAGGAUUUUAUAUAGAAUAUGUUGUAAGAUUACCAUCAUGAAGGAGACCUUCGUCACAAGAGAUAAUUCAAGAUCAUCUUCCCCAAAGUUUUGCAGAAGAUCAAGAUGAAAGGAAAUAUGCCAAUUUUCCAAUGUGAUGUGUGUAUGCAGAAUUAAUUGUAUGCUUAGACCCAGUGCAGAGUUUUGAGGUGGGAACAUGGAGACCAAUUUCUAAAUACUAAUAUUGAUUUAGGGGAGGAUUAUAUAUAUAUA